CCGCUCUUUCGCCGUGCGUCGCGCCGGAAGUGCGUCACACCGCCUGAGCGUGGCGCGGGAAGAAGAUGAGCAAAGGGCGCGAAGGCCCCGCAGCGGGGAGCGGGGCCACCGCUGUCCUGCUGCGCUACCUGCGGGAGCAGAACCGGCCGUACAGCGCUCAGGACGUCUUCGGGAACCUGCAGCGGGAGCACGGGCUGGGCAAAGCGGCCGUGGUGAAGGCGCUGGAGCAGCUGGCGCAGCAGGGCCGCGUCCGUGAGAAGGCCUACGGCAAGCAGAAGGUGUACUUCGCCGACCAGGAGCAGCUCCCGGCCGCCGGCGAUGCGGAGCUCCGCGUGCUGGACGCGGAGAUCGCCGCGAGGUCCGCCGAGGUGCAGGCGCUGCUGCAGGGCUGCCGGCAGCUGGAGGCAGAGUUGAAGGACCUGAGCGGCGCUAUGACCACCGCGGACAUGGCCCGUGAAGUUGAGGAGCUGAGGAAGGACUGCGCCAGUUACACAGAGAGACUGGAGAGGAUCAAGUCUGCUACCAACCGAGUAACGCCAGAAGAAAAAGAGAAGGUCUGCAGCGAGCAGAAACUGUACUGCAAGGAGUGGCGGAGGAGGAAGCGGAUGGCAACCGAGCUGCUCGACGCCAUCCUGGAGGGAUACCCCAAGAGCAAGAAGCAGUUCUUUGAGGAGGUCGGAAUAGAAACCGACGAGGACCACAACGUCACGUUCCCAGCAGCUGUGUGAGGUGCAGAUGGCUGGCCUUCCUUUACAGAGAGCACGCUGCAGUGGAACUGAUGAUUAAGCUGUUGUUGGGUUUUAGAUUUGUUUUCUUCUGUAGUUUUUUUUCAGGGCUUGCGCUUGUCCUACAUCCUUGAUAUAGUUCUGUUUAAAAAUGCUUUGCCCUUGGAAGGGUAGUCAGAGCACCUGAUUCAGCAGUGGACCCUCUCCCUUUCUCAUGUACCGAGGGAAUGUUGUUUUCUUACCUUUCAGUGCUAUAGGCUGUUUUGGGUGGGUGUUUUCACCAGGCAGUGGCUGGGAGGGUUUAAGAGCACUGGGUUAGAGAUGUGGUGUUCUGGUAAGAGCAGGAAGCAGGUGCCUCAGAGAGGUGAAGGAAGUAGUUAGCAGUACAGCCACUAUUUCUGCAAUUCACACGUGGAGGGGACCACGGCCUGCGCCGAGUCGUACACAGGACCGAUUCAUUGAACACCCUGCUUCUGUUUCAGAUGUGCUCUGCUGUGGCAUCUUCUGUGUUGAGAAGGCAGCAGGGCUGGCCUUGGAUGUGGUUCAGGCACAGCAGCCCUGGCUGGUGGGGAAGGCGAGAGCCAGGAGGAUGUGCUGUGCUGUGCUGGUAACGUGAGCCACAGCUGCAGCGGUGGCUGGGCUGCUGUGCACUGCGGGUCCAUCUCCUGCCUGAUCCCAUUAAAGUCUCCACGUACACAGCAAUGGAAAUAAAAGCAGAAAAGCCCUUAAAACGUUGAGCAAAAAUUAUUUAUUUCUCACAAUAGAAAAAUAUGUCACUUUCACACAUGAGGUCUGUAAAAAUCCACAUCUUCCUCACAAGGCAAGAGGUUGCAUCUAAGGGAAAUUAAGCCAUGCCACAUGGCUGUUGACUUGUCUGUCCCUCCACAACAGUCAUUUCCAUCACAGGGCAACACCUACCAGCAACGUCUGCCCCUGUGUGCGCCAUCACUUCUGUGCAACACCACAGGGUUUGACUCCUCUUGGGCUUCUAUUGUAUUAUACUGAAAAGGUCACAAGGCUUGAAAAAUAAUUUUGUAUGGAAAGAAAAAAAAAAAAAGAAAA